AUGAUCGGAAGUGCUAAAUUUGCGACUAUUUUCGCUGGUAUUUUAACCUUUUUGGGCGCUAUUGGACCCACUUUAAUCACCGCUUCACCGAUGCCUAAUCCCAUUCAUGCUUCUCGAGAUGAUUCACAUUUAAUAGCUCGUGAUUCAUUGGAUAAACGCGCUAAAAUCGUUGGCUCUGAUUGCGUUGUAAUCUAA